AGACGGCGCAGAUUGUUCCAGAUAUUUCAUAUAACAAGGGUUUCCUCCAAAACGAAUGCGAUUCAACCAGAACCGUCCGAUUAAAUAACACACCCAUCAAACGGACAUUACUUUCCCACCAUUUUUUUCAAUUGUUCAGCUUUCCACAUUCGCCACUUUGCCCCUUAUCUCUCUCUCUCUCUCUGUCUGUCUGUCUCUCUCUCUCUCUCUCUUUCGCCAUGGCCACUGUCCUCAGAACUCCCAUCUUCCGGCCACCGUCAUGCAGCGUUUCUUCAAAGUCCCCGAAACCCUCGUGCGUUUCCGUUGGGUCUUUCAGACACGCCUCUAGGAGGAGACCCUCACCCAUCAACUCUCUGCGGUUCCCUACCAUUCCAUCCCUACGGUUCGGCAAGUUCGUUCCCUUCGCUUUCGAUGGCGACACCGAGGCCCCGCAAGUUCAGGAACCAGAGGUUCAGGUUCUGGACUCUUCAGAUGGCGCUGUAGGUGUAGAGGACAGUGCAAAUGAUAAUGAGGUUAGCGAUGUGAAUGAGACACCUGCCUCACCUUUCCUAGUGUUACUCCAAUCUUACAAAGAAGCAUUAGCUAACAAUGAUGAAGUCAGAGUUGCUGAGAUGGAAUCAUCAUUACAAUCCAUCGAAGAAGAGAAAACAGAUCUUGAAGGAAAAAUAGCUUCAUUAUCUGAAGAGUUAUCAAUAGAAAAGGAUCGGAUUCUUAGGAUUAGUGCAGACUUUGACAAUUUUCGGAAGAGAACAGAGAGAGAUCGCCUUUCACUGGUCACAAAUGCUCAGGGGGAAGUUGUGGAGAGUUUGUUGCCUGUAGUGGAUAAUUUUGAGAGAGCAAAAGCCCAGAUUAAGGUGGAGACAGAGGCAGAGGAGAAAAUAAACAACAGCUAUCAGAGCAUAUAUAAACAGUUCAUUGAAAUUCUAACCUCACUUGGAGUUGAACCAGUGGACACAGUAGGAAGACCCUUUGAUCCAUUGCUACAUGAAGCAAUCAUGCGUGAGGAUUCUACUGAAUUUGAGGAUGGCAUCAUAAUUCAAGAAUUCAGAAAGGGUUUUAAACUUGGUGACCGUCUUUUGCGCCCAUCAAUGGUGAAGGUAUCAGCUGGUCCUGGACCUGUAAAGCCUGAACAGGAAGCACCUCAAGAAGAACAAGCCAAAACUGAAUCUUCUGACAGUAAAGAGGAUGAGGGCGGCACAGAAACAGAGUCUGCAUAAAAGGUCAAACCUUUUGCUUGCUUUCAGUUUUGCAAAAGUAUAUCAGUUUAAUCUUCAGCAACAUAAGAGUUGCCCAAGAAAUAUUCUACCGAAAUUUCCUUGAAAAGAAAGUCAGUAUUGUAAGAUUUUGCAUUGUAUUUCGGAUUUUAUGUCCGUGCAUGGCUUUUGUGGGGAUGACUAAAUUUUCAGUGGUACCAUUUUGCUGAAACGAGAGUAAGUUGCAAAAUUAUUAAGAGCUAGGCACCUGGAAUUAGAAGUAUCGUAGUGUGAGCAUUUUAAUUAUUUGAUCAAAAGUUUUAUAACAACAAUGUCUUCAUCGUUUUCCAGCACUUUUGAAAUGGACGAAUAUUGCGUAAUUAAUUGUUUAGUUAAGCGACAUU